AUGGAUCGUGAAGCAUUCGUUAAAGGGCAGCUCGAAGCAGUUCAUAAAGCGCUCACCAAAUAUGAAGUGCCUCUUAAACCGAAACACGCCCGGCGUCUCAUCGUUGGAACUCACCAAGAAAGGUCCGCGGCAGUGUUCUGGAAUGCUGUCAAUCGAAUUCAGUUGGAAAAAAAUCCUGUGAUGACAUGGAAGUUCUGCCAUCUUCUUCAUAAACUUAUUCGCGAUGGGCACAGAAAAGUACCGGAUGAAUCCCACAGGUUUAUAUCGAGGAUAAAGCAGUUAGGACAAUUUUGGAAGCAUCUCAAUACUUCGGGAUAUGGAAUCUGCAACGAAACUUAUAGCAAGCUGCUUGCAGAGAGACUCGAAUUCCAUCGAAAGUACCCUGUAAUGCCGGGCAGCCUCAUACUAACUGAAGCUCAAAUCAAAACUCUUGAGAGCGAUUUGGAUAAUGCAUUUGAAAUGACGAUUGACAUGUUGGAUCAAAUGGACAAUUUGCUCAGUUUACAGUCAAACGUGUACGAUGCUAUGGAGUGCCUUCGUUGGAGCUCUCUGGUUCCUCAAGGGCAGUGCUUACUCGCACCGCUAAUUUUAGUAAUACUUGACACAAGCAAGUUUUAUGACUAUCUUGUCAAGAUGAUUUUCAAGCUGCAUGGGCAGUUGCCACCAGAUGCGCUUGAGGGGCACCGUACCAGGUUCAGGGCAGCACCUAACUUUCUCCAAGCUUCGGAUUUGGACAGCUAUCAAACGCCCCAUGCUUAUCUUCAUUCUGAAGGUUCAGAAGAUGGACAGUCAGUGGCUGCUGAUGAGGUUUUACUGGACCUAAGCUCAGAAGAACAACGGAAUGAGCAGCAAGCACGUACUUCAGGCCAGUCGGAUCCAAGGGAUGAGCACAUUUUGGCGUUGACUAGGGAUCUCGAAGACGAGCGGUUUGCUAAGGAGCGGCUGAUAGCGGAGGCACGUUCUCGUAUCGAGCAGUACGAAAAUAGACUGGCUCAAAUGCAAGGAGAGUAUGAGCACGCACGACGGGAAGCUGACGAAGCUCGUGAGGAGUCAGAGAGCCUGCGGCGUGAUUUGGCCACUCGAGACGCACAGCGUGUGGAAAGCAACGACACGCGGGUGCAGGAAGCGCAGGAACAGGCACGAUUGGCCGAACAACGCUUUGCCAAAAUGAAGGCAGCAUACGAAAAGUUCCGAACUGAACAUGUUUCGGCUUUGACGAAGCUGGGAGAAUUACAGAAAGAAUUUGAAGCUAGUGAAAAGAGAAGGCUGGACAAAGAUGAAGAGUUAACAAGUCUUAGUCGGAAACUGGAAGAGAAUGAGAAAAGCCUUUCGGCAGUGUCUUCCAAAGCAGAAAGUGAUGCAGUAGCAGUGGAUGAACUACGGUCGCAACUAGCGAAAGCUGACAUUGAAAUGGAACAACUACGUCAGAGUCUCGAACAUCUUAAAGCCGAACAUAAGUCGGAGUUGGUCACUGCUUCAGAUCGUUUUGUGGAUGAAAAGGCUGCAAUCGAAAAGAAGAUAAACGAAAGUGAUGCAGUAGCAGUGGAUGAACUACGGUCGCAACUAGCGAAAGCUGACAUUGAAAUGGAACAACUACGUCAGAGUCUCGAACAUCUUAAAGCCGAACAUAAGUCGGAGUUGGUCACUGCUUCAGAUCGUUUUGUGGAUGAAAAGGCUGCAAUCGAAAAGAAGUUAAACGGAGAAAUUCGUGCUGCCGUGUCAACGAUUCUCCUCCGCUGCGAUGAAGAGCUCCCCAACGUCACUUCCAUAUCUUAUCCCCCACAUCUUGCUCAGUCUGCACUGAACGUCUUCUUGUCACUGUUGAGUGAAAAGGGUUCGCCGACAGUAACUGAUUUGAUAGUAUUAACACAUUCAUGCGUCCUUUCUGUGAAUGCUUGCGCUGCUGCUGCUUACACUGCUUCUAUCCAGCAUUUCGAUGAUUUGAAUGAACAAUGCCAUCUUGUGGUGCGAACAGCAAGAGAGGCGUUCGCGUCACAAAUCCUGAACACUGAUAAGCUAAGCUCGGAAGCACGGAAACUUCAGGAAAUGAUGACCGGAUUGCCUUUACAGACAGAUGUGGACAAGGAUAUUGUUGGCGCUGAACUUGAAAGUGAAAUGUUACGCAUGAGUGAAGCGAUUCGUGCAGCUGUUGAAGAAAUCGAAAAGAUUCAGGAGAAGGCACGCAUUAACACAGAGGGAAUCAGAUUGGAAGUGAACGAGGCCAUUCUCGGGUGCUGUCAACAGUUGAUGUCUGCUAUCAUGGCACUAGUUAUUUCUUCUCGAGAACUUCAAAUGGAAAUAGUCGCGGCUGGAAAGGGCGGUGCUUCUCCACAUGAGUUUUAUAAGCGAAAUCAUCAGUGGACCGAGGGUCUUCUAUCUGCUGCAAAGGCUGUCGGCGUAGCUGCACGUGUGCUUGUGGAUUCUGCUGACGGUGUUGUCACAAGACAAGGGAAGUUCGAGCAACUCAUUGUCGCAGCUCAGGAGAUUGCGGCGUCUACUGCACAACUAUUUGUGUCUAGUCGUGUCAAGGCUGACAGGGACUCUCAAAAGCUUGCUGCCUUAUCGGUUUCAUCAAAAAGUGUUAAUCAGUGCACUGCACAAGUGGUGGCUGCCGUGAAGAAUGCGCAAACCACUCUGAAUGUUCAAGACAACCUCGAUUUCUCUCAUCUCACCCUACACGAAGCGAAAAAGGAGGAAAUGGAGUCUCAGGUACGCAUGUUGGAGCUAGAACAGCAACUAGUGAUGGAAAGAAAGAAGUUGGCAGAACUAAGGAAACAGCACUACCACAUGGCACAGCUCGCUGUGGCCGAGCAGCGCAUGGAUCGCGAGGGUGAUGGGAAUGAAAACGUCCCGUUGUUAAGAGAUGAUCAACGUGGACAGUCCUAUCUGGAAGGAGGGAGAGACGAGCUUGAGGCUACACAUCGUGGAAGUGUAGAGAAUGUAGAUGACGCUGGCGAAAGACGCCCAACAGGUGCAACGGUUACCUGUCGUGUAUGUGAGGAGCAAAUUGAACUCAAUGGUCGUGACAACCAACAUGUCGUCAAGUGCAGUGCUUGCCACGAAGCCACACCAAUUCGUCCAGCUCCUGCUGGCAAGAAAUAUGUACGCUGCCCAUGCAAUUGUCUCCUAAUUUGCAAAGCAGCAUCCACUCGCAUUGCAUGUCCACGCGGAAAUUGUCGCCGUGUUAUCACUCUUGGACAUCGGGAGCCACAAGGGAGUGCUAUCCGUGCUCCAGCUGGUAGCUGUCGUGUACAAUGUGUUCAUUGUUCUGAAGUGUUCCUGUUCAACACUUUGAGCAAUUGCCUCGCACACUGCCCUCACUGCAAGAAGAACUCAACUGUCGGAGGUUUUGCUCGACGUCGUGCUCUGAUAUAUCUUGUAACAGCAGUGACUGCCCUUCUCUUCAGCGUACUGUUGACUAUUAUGACAACGAAUACUGCUUCUAAACAUCCAAUUAUGUAUGGUGCAUGGGCGCUCGCUUAUCUCGUUGUCGUCUACCUUUCCUACAAUUUCAUCAAGUUCUGGAUGGUGAAGCGUAAUAAGACUGUCUCAACUGUCGGAGGUUUUGCUCGACGUCGUGCUCUGAUAUAUCUUGUAACAGCAGUGACUGCCCUUCUAUUCAGCGUACUGUUGACUAUUAUGACAACGAAUACUGCUUCUCAACAUCCAAUUAUGUAUGGUGCAUGGGCGCUCGCUUAUCUCGUUGUCGUCUACCUUUCCUACAAUUUCAUCAAGUUCUGGAUGGUGAAGUUGAGCACUGUGCUUGGACCAAUCUAA